GGAGGCGUGGCGUGCAGAAGUGGGCGGGGAGAAACUCCCAGGCUGCUUUUCUGGACGAGCUACACCGUGGCAGGACAUGGCGUGCGGUUUCCGCAGGUCCAUCGCCUAUCAGCUUUCCAGGGUGUUGGAUCUUCCACCAGAAAACUUGAUCAAGUCAAUAUCCGCAGUUCCAAUUUCCAAAAAAGAAGAAGUAGCAGAUUUUCAGCUUUCUGUGGAUUCUCUAUUGGAAAACAACAGUGACCAUUUGAGACCAGAUAUUCAAGAUCAAGCCAAGAGACUGGCAGAGAAGUUAAAAUGUGAUACAGUGGUGAGUGAAAUCAGCACUGGUCAAGGGACUGUAAAUUUCAAAAUAAACAGAGAGCUGUUAACAAAGACAGUGUUACAACAGGUAAUCGAAGAUGGCUCAAAAUAUGGAUUAAAAAGUGAACUUUUCUCUGAUCUUCCCCAGAAGAAGAUAGUGGUUGAAUUCAGUUCACCUAAUGUUGCCAAAAAAUUUCAUGUUGGACAUUUGCGUUCUACCAUUAUAGGGAAUUUCAUAGCAAAUCUCAAAGAAGCUUUAGGACAUCAAGUAACAAGAAUAAAUUAUCUCGGAGAUUGGGGCAUGCAAUUUGGUCUUCUGGGAACUGGCUUCCAGCUGUUUGGUUAUGAAGAAAAACUCCAGUCCAGUCCUUUACAGCAUCUUUUUGAAGUUUAUGUACAAGUUAAUAAAGAAGCAGCAGAUGAUAAAAAUGUAGCAAAAUCAGCACAUGAGUUCUUCCAGCGGUUGGAACUGGGAGACUUGCAAGCACUUUCACUAUGGCGGAAAUUUCGGGACUUGAGCAUUGAGGAAUACAUUCGGAUUUACAAGCGUCUUGGAGUACACUUUGAUGAAUACUCAGGAGAAUCGUUUUAUCGUGAAAAAUCUCAAGAAGUGUUAAAAUUGCUGGAUAGAAAAGGACUUCUACAGAAAACAAUAAAAGGAACAGCUGUAGUAGAUCUCUCUGGGAAAGGUGAUCCCUCCUCAAUUUGUACUGUAAUGCGAAGUGAUGGGACUUCUCUUUAUGCAACCAGAGAUCUUGCAGCUGCUAUAGAUCGAAUGGACAAGUAUAAUUUUGAUACAAUGAUUUAUGUGACAGAUAAAGGGCAAAAAAAGCAUUUUCAGCAAGUGUUCCAGAUGCUAAAGAUCAUGGGAUAUGACUGGGCAGAAAGGUGCCAGCACGUGCCCUUUGGAGUAGUGCAGGGAAUGAAGACUCGAAGAGGAGAUGUUACUUUUCUGGAAGAUGUUUUAAAUGAGAUUCGAUUAAGGAUGCUACAGAACAUGGCUUCUAUUAAGACAACUAAAGAACUUGAGAACCCACAGGAGACUGCAGAGAGGGUGGGGCUUGCAGCACUCAUUAUUCAGGACUUUAAAGGUUUACUAUUAUCUGACUAUCAGUUCAGCUGGGAUCGUGUUUUCCAGAGUCGCGGGGACACAGGAGUCUUCCUACAGUACACACACGCCCGCCUGCACAGUUUGGAAGAGACUUUUGGAUGUGGUUAUCUGAAUGACUUCAAUCCAGCUUGUUUACAAGAGCCACAGUCUGUUUCAAUUCUCCAGCAUCUUCUCAGGUUCGACGAGGUACUUUAUAGAUCUUCUCAGGACCUUCAGCCCAGGCACAUUGUCAGUUACCUACUAACUCUAAGGCCAGACUUCAUCUUUUCAGAGCUGCCCGUUGUGUCCUAGCCAAUGGAAUGAAACUUCUUGGAAUAACACCUGUAUCUCGGAUGUAAUUUCUAAUUAUAAUGACUUUAAAAAACGCUAAAUGAAUUCUGGUUACCUAUUCUUAGAUGCCUUGCUGUUCAAAAUAGGAUUUAAACUACUAUUCUCUGUCAGAAUCUAUAUUUAUUAAAUCUAAGUGAUUUAUCAACUUAA